AUGCACUCACCAUUUAUACAAGAUGAAGCUGCAAUUAAAACCUGUAACCCCAACAAAUCACCCGGUCCAGAUGGCGUUACAAAUGCAUUCUACAUUAAUCAUUUAAACCAAGUUAAACCAAUUCUCACUACAUUAUUCAACGAUAUACUAGAAAAUCCUCACCACAUCACAACAGAAUUCACCGAAGGUCUUAUACACACAAUAUACAAGAAAGGCAACCCCUUACUCAUAUCAAAUCGUCGUCCCAUUACACUUCUAAACACUGAUUACAAGAUCCUCUCAAAAGUAAUCAAUGCACGUCUUCUGAGAAUACUUCCUUUCAUCAUCAACAACAACCAAACUGGUUUCGUACCCCACAGAUUCAUCAUAGACAACAUCAUCAACAUCAAUGAAUUAAUCAACUACCUCAAAUCUAAAAACCUCCCUGGUAUCAUCACACUAUUUGACUUCUUCAAAGCAUUUGAUUCUAUCUCUCACGAUAGUAUUAAAAGAACAUUAAUUCAUAUUGGUAUACCAAUAAAAUUAAUAAAUUUAAUCCACAAGCUAUUAUCUGACCCACAAGCAAAAAUUUCAAUUAAUGAUGAAGAAAUUCAAAUUAAUAAAUUAAUCUCAUGGUUUAUGAAUUCUCCCGCAAAUUCUGAAUCACCAACUCUCAAUACCAAUUCCUUUGAAAACAACACAUCAACCAUCCAUUCACGUGCAAAAAUACCUUUGAUUUGUUAUGAUAGAUCAUUAAAACCAUUAAAAGAAGGUGGUUGGGGUAUGUGGAAUAUACAAUUACGACAAGUUGCUCAAAAGAUUUGGAUAUACAACAGAUUUUUACAAAUGCAUAAAUCUGCAAACAAUUCAAUAUACAUGAUAAGUUGGAUGGAUCAAAUCAUCAACAAAUCAAUCUCUUCUCCAUACCUUAUAAAAAUCAAAAAAGAAUGGGAAAACUAUGCAACUCAAAUUGGACAUCUAAAAGAUAAAGUUCAAACCCUACAACCAAUAUUAAUAAAAAACCAAACCUCUCAAACAUUAACCACAAAUAAUAUUUCACUACCACCAACACUCAAAGAAAUCUACUCGACAAUACUCAACAAUCAUCAAUGUAAAUCAAAAGACUAUAUUGGCAAGAAAUAUUCAGAUCUACUUCUUACUUCGCACCAACAAUCAAUACAACUAUUAUGGAAAUACACAUACGACCAACUAUUUGUCAAAAUUCAAAAGCUAAAAGAUCCAAAAGGCCGUGAUACAAUGCAAAGAUUCCAUGCUAGAUGUCUUCCGAUUAAUCAUCUACACAACAAAGUUUGCCCCAUUUGCAACAAUGAAAUGAAUAAUGAUCCCUAUGGUCAUUUGUUUUUCAAUUGUCAGCACACAAUCAACUUCAUAAACCACGACAAAUUAAAAAAUUUUAUAUAUAAAAAUUGCAAUGGAAACAUCAAAAAAUUUAAAAAAGAAUGGAGCAUAAACACAAAUGAACCAAUUCCAACAAUUACACCACCAAUUAAUUAUUAA